AGCGGAGCAGAACAACUUCUGACCACACCAUCCAUUCCGGAGUGACCCACCGGACACUGGAAAUCUUGUUACUGGAAAAAACCCUUAAAAUGUGGUGAUUGAGUUUUGGCUUCCAACGGGAUUUGGGAAAAGGUGGUUUUUCGUGGAAGCAAAACUGCUGCGAAACUAGCGAAAGUUGGAAAGCCCACAACAAGAACGAGGACACACAACUAGACAUCGAAAGGAGCAACAACAACGACCGUGCAAAAGCAUAGAAAAUCGAAACACUGCACCAGGUCAAUUUGCUCCGUGAUCACCCCCUGGUUUAUCUGAUUUAGAAGAGUUGAUAAUCUUGGCAGCGAAAAUUGCCGACCCGCGACGAACUUCCACUUCCGGCGAUGUCCACCAUGCGGAUCUGGACGACCGAUAGUCAAAACGAUGGUCACAUAACUGACAACAAAAACAACAUAAAUCAUACCGACGCCGCCGGCGGAAGUACGCCCAGCGAUGCGGCCAAUGACUCCAACCCUUACCUGGUGGGGGUGCAGUCGAGGUUUCGCCGCCGCUAUUACCACAAAUCUAUUUUCAUCGCCCUAGUUGUCAUCAUCAUUAUUCUCCUAAUUGGAAUCAUUGUUAUUGCCUGUUUGCUCCACUUCCCGCCGGAGAUCUGCCUCAGCCCGGAGUGUCUCCGGUCGGCGGCGGACCUCAAGCAAACCAUGAACACCCGGGUGGACCCGUGCGAGGACUUUUACGCGUUUACCUGCGGCAACUGGGCCGAGGAUCACCCGCGGCCCGAGACGUACACCAGCUACGACUGGUUCAGCGAGCGGCAGUCCCGCAUCUUGCGCAACGUCCGAACCUACCUGCAAAAGAAUGACAGCGACUCGGAGCCGGAACCGGUGCGGCAGUCGCGGGCCAUGUACCGGGCCUGCAUGAAUUUGACCGCCAUGGAUUCGCUUGGCUACGAUCCGAUCUUCUCCGUGCUGGGCGAGCUUCAGCUACCGAACCUGCCAACGAUACUGAACCUCACGGACACGGACUACGCGGCGUACAACUUUGACUGGAUUCGCUCGUUGGCCAAGGUCAAGCAGCAGCUUCAGCUGGACGUUCUGUUUGGGUUUGACGUGUUUCCCGACCCGAAGGAUCGCGACCAUAACCGAUUGGUGCUGGGCACGAUCGAGACCAGCUCGAGUUUACCCUUCAACGAUCACAUCCUACGGCACGUCAGGGCGGCAAAGCACAGGAUAGUGGUAAGUGAGAGUGAUGACGAUGACGAUGACGUUCUGGAAGUUGAUACCGCGUACCUGAAGGCGUACAAGAAGUUUAUGAUCGCGGCCAUGAAGGUCCUGGCGAACAACACCGACUCCAAGGUUGAGUUGGACGCGCACGAAGAAAGCUUCCAAAAGGCGGCUGAUAUCUAUGUAAAGAUGUCCAAGGUCAUCAAGAAGUUUGAAGAUCAAGCCGAGAAUGCUUCCAAGACCAACAGCACCGAAGACAGGCUGAACUUGCACGACGUCGUCUACACGACGGCCCCCGAGCUUCAAAACAUGACCGACCUGUACAUAGCUCCGAAGGAGCCUUUCCCAAUUUGGGAGCGCUUCCUGAACAAAGUCUUCGACGGCAUUCCGGAGGCCCAGCUGAACGUCAAGGAAGACCUCAUUCUCACCAGCAACGCGGACAUGCUCUAUCUACGACUGCUCGCGGACUACCUCGCCCAGACUCCACUCGCUCACAUCGAGCUGUUCAUCUGGUGGACCGUGGUGGAAGAGCUGAUCCUGCACACGACCACCGAGAUCCGGAAGCUGCACUACGAGCACUACCAGUCGAUGAUGACGGCGAACGGGUUCACGCCGCGAUCGCUGUACUGCACCGGCACGGUCAACAAGCUGAUGGGAAUGGCGGUCAGCUACGCGAUCGCGGGCCAGAACUUCCUGCAGGACACCAAGCCGAAGGUGCAGCAAAUGCUGCAGUACAUCCAGCACGCGUUCGAGCGGCUCGUGCGGGACACGACCUGGAUGGACUGGAGCACGAAGCGCGCCACGCUGGACAAGUCGGAAGCGAUGCGCAGCUUGAUUGGCUUCCCCGAGUGGAUUCUGGACGAGGAGCAGCUGAAGAAGCUGUACGAUACGCUUGACAUCAGCGACUCCCAGCACCUGGACAACAUGCUGCAGAUCAUACGGUUGAGAAACGUCAAGAAGCUUCGCUACUGGCGUCUCAAGAACGUCGUCGGCUGGGGCACGCUUCCGACGAACGUGAACGCCUUUCACACCUUUCAGGACAACGCGAUCAGUAAGUACCGUCUUUAACGAGUCCGUACAACGAAUCCUAACCUCUUUGACAUUCCCCGUGCAGCUAUUCCGAUAGCGAUCCUGCAGUACCCGUUCUACCAUCUGGGUCUAGAAGCGCUGAACUACGGAGCGAUUGGGACGGUGCUGGGUCACGAGCUGACCCAUGGGUUCGACGACAGUGGUAGACAGUUCGACAAGGAUGGUAACCUGAAGCAGUGGUGGUCCAACAGCACGAUUCAAGAGUACGUCAACAGGACGGCUUGCUUCGUGCAGCAGUACAGCGGAUACUACAUCGACGAAGCGGACGACUACAUCGACGGUCUGCAGACCCUCGGCGAGAACAUCGCCGACAACGGGGGGGUACGCGAAGCGUACCACGCGUACAAGAUCUACAUGAAGCACCACCGGAAGGAGCCGCUCCUACCGGGCUUCGAGAACUACACCCACGAGCAGUUGUUCUUCAUCUCGUACGGCAACCUCUGGUGCGAAUCGCACACGGCGUCCGCGGCCAAGGCCGCCUUGGAUGACACGCACUGUCCGGGCUGGAUACGGCUCAAGGGCGUGCUCAGCAACUCGCCCGAGUUUAGCCGGACGUUUGGGUGUAAGCCGGGUAGCGGGAUGAAUCCCAGCGUCGGGGAAAAGUGUCGGAUUUGCAGCAGCGGUGCGAUGCGGAUCGAUCGCCUGAAGUUCACGGAGCCUGCUACGAUCGUUGGCGUUAGAGAUAAAUUUACUCAUUUUUACGAGCGGAUUCAAACUACAAUGAUGUCGGAAACUACAGAGGAUAGAUUCAUAGCCCUGAGCGUGGAGGCAGCAGCGAACACAAAGUCUUCAACUCCAAAGCAUCUUACCGUGAUCAUCAGAAAGGAAGACAGUGGAUGUCACGUGUUCUGCCGCCGCUUCUUCAUGUGCAUUCUGCUGCUCGCUGUGGUCUUUCUCACCUCGAUCAUCUACGGUAUCUACUACUUUGCCAACACGCUGCCGGACGUGUGCCACAGCAAGGAAUGCCUCCGGUCGGCGGCCACCCUCAAGCAGAACAUGAACCUGCAGGUCGACCCGUGCGAGGACUUUUACGGCUACGUGUGCGGCAACUGGGCCGACGAUCACCCGCGGCCAGAGAACCACAUCGCCAACAGCUGGUACCAGGAGCGCCAGCUGAAGAUCUUCCGCAAUAUUCGGUCCCAGCUGGAGCGGAACGCCAGCCGGACGGACCCGAAGCCGGUGGCGCAGGCGAGGACCAUGUAUCAGGCCUGUUUGAACUAUGACGCACGCGAGAAGGAGGGCGCCAAGGUGAUCGCCAAGUAUCUGCAGGAGUUCGGACUGCCAACGCUGCCGACCUUGCUGAACCACACCCGGUUCGGUCCCCGUCGCUACAAGUUCGACUGGAUCGCGACCGUAGCGCGCAUUCAACGAAAACUCGGACUCAACGUGCUGAUCGGGUUCGACAUUGUGAUGGACCAGGAGGACCGGAAUCGGAACCGGCUAACGCUGGAGUAUCACUACUCGCCGGAUCUGCUGAACUUUCCGGCCUACGAGUGGUCAAAGCUACACUCCAAGGGUUACAGAAGCUCGGUUGAGCCCGUGGAAGAGGAGGAAGAACCUGAGGAUGAAGAAGAUGAUGACGCUGACGAUGGUCCAGAUGCUGCCGAGCUUGCCGAUGGAUUCCUGAAGAUUGCUGAAGCUAUCAACCCAGGCUUCAACGGGUCCAAAUACGAGGCAAGCUUUAUGACCUUGGGCGAAACGUACAUGGACUUCUUCAACCAACUUCCGGGGCGCAAGGCAGACACCGAAGACGAUUCUGACGACCCAGAGGAAGAGCAGCUGUCCUACUACACCGUCCAAGAGUUGCAGAACAUCACCGACGCGUACAUUGCCCCGGACAAACCCUACCCAAUUUGGCAACACUACCUGGACGAACUGUUCGCACCGUUCCCGGGAGCGAAGCCGACGCCGCAGGACAAGCUGCAGAUGUCCGAUGAAAACAUCGACUUCCUCAAGAAGCUCGUCCGGGUGGUCUCCCGGCAGCCGAUCCAGGUCGUUGAGCUGUACAUCUGGGGUCUGGUGACCACGUACAUCGUGAGCCACGAGUACAACGAGCUCGAGACGGAGGAGGACUGCGCCAAGAACGUCCAGACGCUCAUGGGACUGGCGGUGAGCUACGCGAUCGCGGAUAAGAACUUCCUCGAAGGUACCAAGCCACGGGUCGAGGCAAUGCUGAAAGAUAUCCGGGAUGAGUUCAACCAGAUGGUGCUGGAGACCAACUGGAUGGACGCGUACACCAAGUACGCAACGCUGGAAAAGUCCAAGUCGAUGGAGAGCUUGAUCGGCUUCCCGGAGUGGAUCCUGGACGUCAGGAAGCUGGAGGAGCACUACCAAGGGUUACAGAUCAAGAAGAACCGACACCUGGAGAACUGGGUCAGCGCGAUCGAGUUUCUCAUGAAGGAUCGUCUGCAGACGUGGCGCGUCAAGAACGAAAAGUACUGGGACAUGGAUCCUACGGAGGUGAACGCGUUCAACGUGCAGAACCGGAAUGCGAUAAAUAUCCCUGUGGCGAUCAUACAAUAUCCGUUCUACUUCCUUGGACUUGAAGCCCUCAACUACGGCGCCCUUGGGGAGAUCCUAGGCCACGAGCUGACGCACGGAUUCGACGACUCCGGUCGCAACUACGACAAGUACGGCAACGAGAAGCGCUGGUGGUCGAACCACACCCUGCAGGAGUACGACAAACGAGCCGACUGCCUGGUCAAGCAGUACAGCAAAUACUAUCUGGCGGAAGCUAAGGGAUUUAUCAACGGCACCCGCACCCUGGGCGAGAACAUUGCCGACAACGGUGGCAUUCGGGAAGCGUUCCGCGCGUAUCGGGCGUACGUCAAGCGGAACGGUCCGGAACCGAUGCUGCCCGGGUUCGACGACUUUAGCCACGAGCAGCUGUUUUUCAUCUCGUUUGGCAAUCAAAACUGCGAAGUGGUGUCUCCGGCGGGGGCUGCGGCGAUCCUGCAGGACGAGCACAGCCCGUCCAAGUUUCGCGUCAAGGGCGUCCUCAGCAACAUGGCCGAGUUCAGCGAGGUGUUCCAGUGUGCGCCGGGCAGGCCGAUGAACCCGGAGAAAAAGUGUCGGGUGUGCGAUGAGUGUCUCCGGUCGGCCGCCGGCCUCAAGCAGACCAUGAACCUAAACGUUGAUCCAUGCGAUGACUUUUACGAGUACGUCUGCGGCAACUGGGCCGAGGAUCGAACCGAGCGGGACGACGGAAACGGCUGGAUGCAGGAGCGUCAGCUGAAGAUCUAUCGCAACAUUCGGGCCCACCUGGAGCGGGACGCCAAGCGGUUCGACCCGAAGCCGGUGGCCCAGGCGAAGGUCAUGUACCGGUCCUGUUUGGGUUCUGCCAUCAAAUCCCCUUGGAGGAAUUUUUGCAGGGUUAUAAAGACGGAAAAUGAUAAAAUCAACAAUGCCACUAUACUGGCUCAAAUAUUAUCUAAACUCGUGGAUAAAAUCGAUUCUGAUUUCAAUAGUACCAAGUACGAAAGCAGCUUUGUAGCUUUGGCUGAGAAAUAUCUAGAGUUCUGGAAUGAUCUUUCAAAAGACUUAACCAUGGACAAUGAUCAAGAAGACGAUUGGUCACUGUACAGCAUACAAGACCUGCAAAGAGUCACAGAAUCAGAUGAAUCCUUCUCCGUCUGGGAUCGCUACUUUGAAGAAUUGUUUGCUCCGUUCGCCGAAGCCCACCCGACAUCCGAGGACAAACUGCUAAUUUAUCGUCUAGAUCUUGAAUAUCUGAAAAGGUUCGUCAAACUGAUCACCCAACAAGAGCCACAGGUUAUCGAGGUCUUCAUUUGGCAUCGCGUAGCUGCGUAUCUAACUUUUCACGCGUUUGAAGAAAAGAAAACCGAAGAGAUCUGCGCGAGGAGUGUCCAAAGUCAUAUUCCACUUGCCGUGACUUACACAAUUUCCGAUGAAAAGUUCCUCACAGACAUUGAACCACGCUUGCAACAAAUGCUUGGAGGUAUUCGAGAAGGCUUCAAUCAAAUAGUUCUGGACACUAGUUGGAUGGACGCCAAAACGAAGAAUGCAACGUUGGAAAAAGCUUUGGCGAUGAGAAGUUUUAUUGGAUUUCCAGAAUGGGUUCUGGACGUUGAAAAGCUGGAACAGUUUUAUGAUGGGUUACAGAUAACGAAAUCUCUUUACAUAAGAAACAUGAUCAAUGCGAUCGAAUUCUUCAGGAAGAAAAUGUUACAAUCUUGGCGCAAAAAUCAUGGACUCCGCCUUGUUAUUGAUCCUUCUGCAGUUGAUGCCGUGUAUUCCGCUCAACGAAAUAGGAUUUUUAUACCAGUAGCUAUAGUUCAAUACCCGUUUUACUAUCGAGGACUUGAGGCAUUAAACUACGGAGCAAUUGGAACGGUUCUUGGUCACGAGUUGACCCAUGGAUUCGAUAAUAAUGGUCGCCUUUUCGACAAAUUCGGCAACAUGAGGACAUGGUGGUCGGCCCAAACCCAUCAGGAGUACGAAACCCGUGCCAACUGUUUGGUCGAGCAGUACAACAGCUACUCCCUGCCGGAAGGAUUCGUCAACGGGACACGCACCCUGGGCGAAAACAUUGCUGACAACGGAGGAGUUCGGGAAGCUUUACGCGCAUACCAAGCCUUCGUGAAGCGGCAUGGUCCGGAGCCGACUCUGCCGGGAUUCGAUGACUUUAGCCACGAACAGCUGUUUUUCAUCUCGUUUGCCAAUCUCUGGUGCUCAACUCUAACACCAGCGCGUGCGAAAGCGCUCCUGAGCGGUGACGCGCACAGUCCGGGCAAGUUUCGCGUCCGCGGCACCGUCAGCAACAUGCCCGAGUUCAGCGAGGCGUUCCGGUGCGCACCGGGCACGGCGAUGAACCCGGCGCGGAAGUGUCGCGUUUGGUAGGAUGCAGACUUUUUGUGAAGCAAUGAAUUUGGCAAAACUUGAAUAAAAUCGGAUUAGUUUCGUUAUUCGUUA